ACUUGUAUAUAUAAACUUGAAAGUGAUAUGGGAGUAACAAGUGAACGUGUGGAGCUUCCAUUCGUGAAUUCGUCGUUAUGGCGAAUGAACAAGGAUAGGAGGAGAAGGAAUGGGUGUCUGUUAUGGCUGGUAGUUACAGGGCGAUCAGUGGUUGCACUUCUGCUUUCUGCCCAACUGUAUAUGUGUGUGAAUCAAAUAACACCUGUUCUCUACUCCGAUCUUCCGACUCGGAUAUUAUUUCAAGGUUUCGUCGUCUUCACAGUUUUCCAAGUUGUAAUAAACUGGAUAAUGGCAAUGACGUAUUCUUCGACCUACGAUUUAUAUUUACACGUUUUUGAAAGUACCUGGCUGCAAAGAGACUUCUGUGGCGAAACAGAAAAUGGGCAACAUUUAAGAGGACAACUAUUGCCCGAAUAUGAUACAGCGAAAAUGUACCCAAGACGAUACUGUGAGAUCUGCAGGAUAAACAAGCCAUUUCGGACCCAUCAUUGCAAGAUAUGCAACGUUUGUAUUCUUAAACGAGACCACCAUUGCUAUCUGACUGGAAACUGCAUUGGACUGAAGAAUCAGAAGUACUUCAUAGUUGGCGCUUUCUACACCACAAUUGUCAGUAUUGUAUGCGGAUACUUAUGCGCGAAAUACCUAUAUCUUUUGAUGUACGUGUCCACAACGGCUUCGUGGUUCGACUUAUUUCUACCAGUUACAUUUAUACGAUGGAUAUUUGGCUGCAUUUCCGGAUUCAACAGUCUGGCUAUCUUGUUUUGUUACAUCGAUGUAUUUUUCGCUGUUGAAGGUGCCCGGGUAUUUCUUGUCCAGAUGUUUCUAGCGGUUAAUGGAAUGACGCUUCACGAAUUGAAGAAACGGCGAGCAAUAUCGAAUGUUAACACAACCCGUUACAACUUACAUUCAGUCUUCGGCAAAUAUUGGUUACUAAAUUUCAUCUUUCCAGUGUCUUGGGGUUCCCAAAGUAAGUGAGAAGAUGCAAGUUGAAUUUAAUAAGAUCUGAAACUAUCUUCAUAUGAAAUUAUUUUAUUGUCAAAGAGAUGCUGUGUUUGUUUGUCAUAUAACUGCUAAUGCAAU